GCUGCCCAGGAGAGGAGACCUGGGCGCCCCGUUAGGGCAACGGCCCCUGCCUCACGGGCCGGGAUCAUGAAAGGCCUCGGUGACAGCCGCCCCCGCCACCUGUCUGACAGCCUGGACCCGCCACAUGAGCCCUUGUUUGCAGGGUCUGACCGCAAUCCCUACCUGCUGUCGCCCACCGAGGCCUUCGCCCGGGAGGCCCGCUUCCCCGGUCAGGGCACCCUGCCAGGAGACGGGCUCUUCCCACUCAACAACCAGCUGCCACCUCCCAGCAGCACCUUCCCUCGCAUCCACUACAGCUCCCACUUCGAGGUGCCAGAGGAGAGCCCCUUCCCCAGCCAUGCCCAGGCCACCAAGAUCAACCGGCUGCCGGCCAACCUCCUGGACCAGUUUGAGAAGCAGCUGCCCAUCCACCGAGAUGGCUUCAGCACCUUGCAGUUCCCGCGGGGCGAGGCCAAGCGUGGCGAGAGCCCCGGCCGCAUCCGCCACCUGGUCCAUUCUGUCCAGCGGCUCUUCUUCACUAAGGCGCCCUCGCUGGAGGGCACAGCAGGCAAGCUUGGUGCCAAUGGCAACAAGAAGGGUGGCAUGGAGGACGGCAAGGGCCGGAGGGCCAAAAGCAAGGAGCGGGCCAAGGCUGGAGAGCCCAAACGGCGCAGCCGCUCCAACAUCUCAGGCUGGUGGAGCUCUGAUGACAACUUGGACGGGGAGAGCGGCGCAUUCCGCAGCGGUGGCCCGGUCUCCGGCUUGAUGACCCUCGGCCGCCAGGCCGAACGCACCCAGCCCCGCUACUUCAUGCAUGCCUACAACACCAUCAGUGGGCACAUGCUUAAGGCUGCCAAGACCACCACCACUGAGCUGACCACCCCGCCGCCCCCACCUGCACCCCCCGCUGCCUGCCCCAGCCUUGGUGUGGGUUCUGACACCAACUACGUUAAGCGGGGUUCCUGGUCCACUCUGACCCUCAGCCAUGCCCAUGAGGUCUGCCAAAAGACCUCGGCCACCCUGGACAAGAGCCUACUAAAAUCCAAAUCCUGCCACCAGGGGCUGGCCUACCAUUACCUGCAGGUGCCCGGUGGCGGUGGCGAGUGGAGCACGGCGCUGCUGUCCCCCCGGGACGGGGACUCCGCGGCCGAGGGCCCCAUCCCCUGUCGGCGCAUGCGCAGCGGCAGCUACAUCAAGGCCAUGGGCGAUGAGGACAGCGAUGAGUCCGGUGGUGGCAGCCCCAAGCCCUCGCCCAAGACCGCCGCCAGGCGCCAGAGCUACCUGAGGGCCACGCAGCAGUCCCUGGGAGAGCAGAGCAACCCGCGCAGGAGUCUGGACCGCCUGGACUCAGUGGACAUGCUGCUGCCUUCCAAGUGUCCGAGCUGGGAAGAGGACUACAACCCCAUCAGCGACAGCCUCAAUGACUCCAGCUGCAUCAGCCAGAUUUUUGGACAGGCCUCCCUGCUCCCCCAGUUGUUUGGCCAUGAGCAGCAGGUGCGGGAGGCAGAUCUGAGCGACCAAUACGAGGCAGCCUGUGAGUCGGCCUGCAGUGAAGCAGAGUCGACGGCAGCAGAGGUGCUGGACCUGCCCCUGCCCAGCUACUUCCGCUCCCGCAGCCACAGCUACCUGCGAGCCAUCCAGGCAGGCUGCUCCCAGGAGGAGGACAGUGUCUCCCUGCAGUCCCUCUCCCCACCGCCCAGCACCGGCAGCCUCAGCAACAGUCGUACGCUUCCAAGUUCAUCAUGCCUCGUGGCAUAUAAGAAGACCCCGCCACCGGUCCCUCCACGAACCACAUCAAAGCCGUUCAUCUCAGUCACAGUCCAGAGCAGCACCGAGUCUGCCCAGGAUACCUACCUGGAUAGCCAAGACCAUAAGAGUGAGGUGACGAGCCAAUCGGGCCUGAGCAACUCAUCAGACAGCCUAGACAGCAGUACCCGACCGCCCAGUGUGACGCGAGGUGGAGUUGCCCCAGCCCCUGAAGCCCCGGAGCCACUCCCAAAACAUGCAGCUCUGAAGAGUGAACAAGGGACACUGACCAGCUCUGAGUCCCACUCCGAGACCAUCCCUAAAAGAAAACUGUCAUCCAUAGGAAUACAAGUUGACUGCAUUCAGCCAGUGCCAAAAGAGGAGCCCAGUCCCGCUACCAAAUUCCAGUCCAUCGGGGUUCAGGUAGAGGACGACUGGCGAAGCAGCGCCCCCUCUCACAGUAUGUCCUCAAGACGGGACACUGACUCCGACACCCAGGAUGCCAACGACUCAAGUUGCAAAUCAUCUGAAAGGAGCCUACCGGACUGUACCCCACACCCCAACUCCAUCAGCAUCGAUGCUGGCCCCCGGCAGGCCCCCAAGAUUGCCCAGAUCAAGCGCAACCUCUCCUAUGGAGACAACAGCGACCCGGCCCUGGAGGCAUCCUCGCUGCCCCCACCUGACCCCUGGCUCGAGACCUCUUCCAGCUCCCCUGCAGAGCCAGCACAGCCCGGGGCCUGCCGCCGAGAUGGCUACUGGUUCCUGAAGCUGCUGCAGGCCGAAACAGAGCGCCUGGAAGGCUGGUGCUGUCAGAUGGACAAGGAGACCAAAGAGAACAACCUCUCUGAAGAAGUCUUAGGAAAGGUCCUCAGUGCGGUGGGCAGUGCCCAGCUCCUGAUGUCCCAGAAGUUCCAGCAGUUCCGGGGCCUCUGUGAGCAGAACUUGAACCCUGACGCCAACCCACGUCCAACAGCCCAGGACCUGGCAGGGUUCUGGGACCUGCUUCAGCUGUCCAUCGAGGACAUCAGCAUGAAGUUCGAUGAACUCUACCACCUCAAGGCCAACAGCUGGCAGCUGGUGGAGCCCCCGGAGAAGAGGAAGGAAGAGAAGAAGCCCCCCCCUCCCGUCCCAAAGAAGCCAGCCAAGUCCAAGCCGGCCAUGAGCCGCGACAAGGCCUCGGACGCGGGGGACAAGCAGCGGCAGGAGGCCCGCAAGAGACUCCUGGCGGCCAAGCGGGCGGCGUCGGUGCGGCAGAACUCGGCCACGGAGAGCGCGGACAGCAUCGAGAUCUACGUCCCCGAGGCCCAGACCCGGCUCUGAGGCCGCCCGCGCAGGCAUUAAAGGCGCGCGGCGGGCCGCCCGCGCACCGGGAUUCGCUCGCUCGGCCUUCCGUGCGGUGGUUCUCUCUAGAGACCCUGAGCCAACUCUCAAAUUGACGCAUUCAAGGGCUCACAAUUUGGCUUUCUUGGGUCCCUCCCAGCUUUAGGUUCUGGAAACUUCACACACCGAAAAACGUCCACCGAAACCACAAAGCGAACACCUUUUCUCCCUCUGGCUGGCCCCGGCGGAGCGGCCGGCCACCGCAGGCAGUCUUUCCACAGCUCUGUCCCAGGAGAACUCCAACUCGCGUGUUUACAAGACGCCGACCAGCCAAGGGCAGCCUUGGGCCCCU